AUGGCAGAACUGUGCCGCACAGACUCCACACUGACAGCCCUGGACGAGGAGAUGCUGUGGGACAUGCUGGAGAGUCACCGCUGCAAGAUCGUGCAGAGCAUCUGUCCCAGCCGCCUCACCCCCUACCUGCGACAGGCCAAGGUGCUGGGCCAGCUGGACGAGGAGGAAGUCCUACAUAGCCCCCGGUUCACCAACAGUGCCAUGAGAGUUGGGCACCUACUGGAUCUGCUGAAGACUCGAGGGAAGAAUGGGGCCAUCGCCUUCCUAGAGAGCCUGAAGUUUCACAACCCUGAUGUCUAUACCUUGGUCACAGGGCUGCAACCCGACGUUGACUUCAGCACCUUCAGUGGCCUCAUGGAGACGUCCAAGCUGACUGAGUGCCUGGCGGGGGCCAUUGGCAGCCUGCAGGAGGAGCUGGCCCAGGAGAAGGCACAGAAGGAGGCGCUAUUUUCAACCUUCACUUGCAACUGCAUCAUUGGCUUUGUUGGGCCUUCAGUUGAGAAGGACAUUCUGGAGCAGAGCCUGGAUGAGGCCCUGGAGAGCAAGCAGGAGCUGGUGGACCGCAUCCACUCACUGCGGGAGCGGGCCGUGGCUGCGGAAAGGCAGCAGAAGCAGUACUGGGAGGAGAAAGAACAGACCCUGCUCCAGUUCCAGAAGACGCAGGUGGACUGUGAGCUGUACAGAGAGAAGAUGACCACUCUGCAGGGCCAGGUGGUGGAGCUGCGGAAGGAGCGGGACCAGGCAUAUUCAGCGAGGGAUGGGGCCCAGAUGGAGAUUUCUCAGCGCCUGGUGGAGAAGGAUGCCCUCCGCAGGAGAGUGUUCGAACUGACUGAGCAGGUCUGUGAGCUCCGAACUCAGCUACAGGGGCUGCAGGCAGAGCCCCCAGGAGGGUCUAAACAGGAAGCCAGAGCCAAGGAACCCUGUCUGCGAGGGAAGCAGCGGCUUGUGAGGAUGCAUGCCAUGUGCCCACCAGAUGACAGUGACUGCAGCCUCCUCAGCUCCACCGAGUCUCGGCUGUGGUGGGACCUGAACGCCACAUCCAGCCGGGAGCAGAUGGACAGCUUCCGCUCCAGCAGCCCUGUGCCUCCCAGCCAGCAGUCCCUGUACAAACGGAUGGCAGAGGACUUCCCAGAAGACCCUGAGUCUCUGAGCAGCUUCCUGGAAGUCCCGGAGGUGUGCCUGGGAACACUUCAGGGGGCUGCGGGGGACGACACAGACACAGACCUGGACUAUGAGAUCUUAGAUGGAGCAGACCUCUCCCAGUCAGAGGACAGCCUGCAGGGGUCUUCCAGAAGCUUGGAUGUCUUAGAAAGCAUCCCUGUGAGGCGGAGGCCAGCCCGUAAGAUCUUGAGCCAGGUCACAGUGCUGGCGUUCCAGGGAGACGCGCUACUGGAGCAGAUCAGUGUCAUCGGUGGGAACCUCACAGGCAUCUUCAUCCACCGCGUCACCCCAGGCUCUGCAGCAGACGAGAUGGCCUUGCGCCCUGGCACCCAGAUCGUGAUGAUGGAUUACAAGGCAACAGAGCCUUCGCUCAGGACCACCCUGGAGAACAUGACUUUGGAGCAGGCUGUGGGGCUCCUCGGAAGGGUGAACGGCUCCUGCUGCCUGUCUGUGAAGGUCAACACCGAGGGUUAUAAAAAGCUAGUCCAGGACCUGGACACCAAAGCGGUGACCUCAGGGGACUCAUUCUACAUCCGAGUCAACCUGGCCAUGAAGGGGAAGGGGGAAGGGGAGCUGCAUACACACUGCAAUGACAUCCUGCAUGUCACUGACACCAUGUUCCAAGGUCACAGCUGCUGGCGGGCCCACCAUGUGAACCCUUACACCAUGAGGGACACGGAGCCUGGCACGAUCCCCAACUAUCCACAGGCUCAGCAGCAGCUCCUCUCUGUCAUCCAGGACAUGACCCAAUGGUACACAGCUUCACGCAAGCCUUCUGGGGGGCUGCAAAAGUUGAUCCGAAUCGUCAGUGUGGACAAAGCCAGUGUUAGCCUUCUGUCUUCGUCCGUUGAUCAAGGCCACUUGGAGUCUAGCAGAGAAGGUGGCUCCAGUGCGUGCUUCUGGGCAGAGAGUUGCCUCACCCUGGCACCCUACACCCUGGUGCACCCCCACAGGCCUGCCCGGCCGCGGCCCGUGGUCUUCGUGCCUAGAGCUGUUGGGAAGAUCCUGAGCAGAAAGCUGUGCCUUCUGCAGGGCUUUAAGCAAUGCCAGGCAGAGUACUUGAGCCCGGAGGAGUAUGUCACCUGGAGCCAGAGAGGGGACAUCAUCCAGGAGGGAGAGCCGACGGGUGACCACCGCUGGGUGACCCGGCAUGCCGUGGAGUCCCUCAUGAGGAUGAACACUCACGCCCUGCUGGACAUCCGGCUGGACAGUGUCCGAGUCCUGCACAAGAUGGACAUUUUCCCCAUCAUCAUCCACAUCUCUGUCAAUGAGAAGAUGGCGAGGAAACUCAGGAAGGGCCUGCAGCGGCUAGGUGGCUCAGAGGAGCAGCUCCUAGAGACAGCCCAGCAGGAGGAGGGUGAGCUGGACAGAGUGCCCUGCCUGUACAGCAGCCUGGGUCCCGACAGCUGCAGUGACCUGGACAGUCUGCUGGGCUGCGUACGCCUGACCAUCGCAGAUGAGCAGAGAAAGGUGGUGUGGACAGAGCAGAGUCCCUGCUGAGGCCUUCCACGUGCCUGUUAAAGCCAUCCUGUGCUUUGAAUGCAGGGCCUCAGGGCAUGCCUGGUGCUGCUCACCUCUCCUCCUCUGGCCAAGGUGUGAUCUCACACCCUCACAACAAGAAAGGCAUAAACAUGAAGCCACCUGUCUCCACCUUCACCGGGUUCAGGAAGGCCUGGAGAACAUUUCCACAGUGUGUGGGUCCUUCCUGAGCCCACCCCAUGGCCAGGGCCCCAACAUCUUGGGACAAAGCAGAUAGGUUUGCGGGAGCUGACCCUUCCUUUCACAUUUCCACAUGUUAAAGGUCCCUUAAAAACUCAAGGGAGCAGGCACCCCACCCAGGGUAGAGGCACAGACCAGGUGAACUGUGAGUCUGGCCGACCUGUCUCAGUUCUUGACAGCUAAGUGUGGCCACAGACAUCUGCAAAUAAAGGUGCUGUUGCAGACAAACCUCAGUGUCUCCUAACCUCUGUGCCUGGCCCCAGACACCAGGAUGCUUACACAGAUGCCCUGGACAGGGCCAGCCUUCCAGAGCUGAGACCUGCCUCCUGACCCAACAUUACCUCUUGGCUCCUUCUUGGAACACGGUAUCUUCAUUACAUCCCCAGAAGAUGCAGCCAUGCAGACACACUGGGGUGAGACUCCCACCUAGCCUGGACUCCCACCACCUCCUGGAACUGCCAUAGACUGAGUCAUUACAACAGGGGCUUUGAAUUACAAUGCCUACGAUUCAGUAUGCUCUUAUGAAGCUCUGUGUAUUGUACUAAAAUAAAAAGCUUUUACAACGAUAGGGUCCAUGGUUCCCUCCUGCCCCCAAGUAUGGAGUUCACAGGGGAGAGGAAGGGAUAGACCCUCUCUCUCUCGGUUUCCCAGGCUGCACUUCUAAUUUGUGGAAGGUGGACAUAGGGCUGGGGUGAGGCCAAAUGCUUGCUGUCGCUCAAGGAGAGGUGACUCAAACCAGGCACUAUCAGACCCUGUCCUCAGUCAUUCUCAGAAAGGACCUGCUGUGCUAAGGACCAGAUUAAACUCAUCACCACCGAGAGCCAGUGGGAAGCCUGCCCUAGCACGUACUUGGCUUGGGGGUAGAAUGAAGGCAGCAAAAGCAAAUCCAAGACCUCCCAAAGGCUUCCUCUAGGCCAAGGUUGGUAAAAGCUGGCAGUGUGGUCUGCCCGGUGCCCACAUGGCACACAGAAGCCCUGGGCUCUUUUUAGGUGAAGAGCUUGAAAAUAUUCAGACUCCAGAGGGCCUCAAGUCCCCAGUUCUUUCCCCUACAUCUUCGGGUCUCCAAAUUUACUCCAAAACACAGACUUGUGAUUCUGCCCUGCCCCGGAGCACCCCUAAACUCCUGUGCCAGGAUGUGGCUCAGGUAAGAGGACAGCAAUGGCCCAGGUAUGGUGGCGCCACAGGGAAGGCAUGCUUGGGUGCCCCCUCCAGGAGGCAGGAGUGACAGUCCACGUCAUAGAAGAGACCCCUCAGAUGGGUGCCUGGAGGGUGGGGCUGCUGGUACUGCCUCUGUUGGU